AAUCAUGAGAAUACUAAUAGUGAAAAUAAUAUUAUUAAUGAUAUUAACAAAAGUAAUGAUAAUAAUGUGAAUAGUGAUAUUCCUAAAAUUAUUAAUAAUCAGGAGAGUAUUAAUAAUGAGAAUAAUACUAUUAAUGAUAUUAAUAAAAGUAAUGACAGUAAUGUAAAUAAUGAUGUUCAGGAGAAUAUUAAUAAUAAGAAUAAUAUUAUUAAUGCUAUUAAUAUAAAUAAUGAUAGUAGUAUUACUAAUGAUACUAUUGAUACUAACGAUAAAGAGUUAUUAAAARAUAAUAACGAAGUAGAUGUACUUGCAAGUGUUUCUAAACCGACCAGUGAAUCAGAUGAAUCAAAUAYUAAAGAAAUAAAAAUUGUAACUAAAUCUCAAGAAACACAGAAAACACGUGUUAUAAAGGAAGAAAGCGUUYAGCUUGAGUUGAUAGAGCAGAUCACUCCACAAGUUACGGACUCUACUGAAUAUUCUAAUACAAAUAUAAAUGUGUUAGGAUCUCCCACGAAGACUGGACAGAAUCGAUCAUUAUUUAUGAGACCCGUACCAAGAUUAAAUAACAGUGGUCGAAUAAGAAGUAACAGUAUUCAAGGUAGCGGAGCUAGUGCAAGCGAAUCUGAAGAUGAUAGUAAGAGGGUAACUAAUAAUACAACAAAUAAUAGAACACGCAACGAUUCCAUAUGUUCAGUUCAAAGUAACAAAGAAGUUUCUAAUAGUACAUCAAGCAAUUCUGUUACUAAAAAAAAAACUAGUCAGAAGAGACGUAUAAUGAUAUCAGAAUCAGCAAGAAAAUUAGCAGAAGCUAGAAGAGAAUUUUUAUUAAAGCAUGAAAAUAAAACACCGGAUAGAGCGAAGCUUACUAUGUAUGAUUUAAUAUAUUAUAAUCCUGCUGGCAAUCCUAUGAAAACAUCUAAAGAACCUGUUAAGAGUUCCACAAGAAUUGAAUCUACUUCUGAAAUUGAAAAUGAAUUAGAAGAGGAAGAAGAGGAAGAUGAUCCAUCAGCGAUGCCAGUGCCACAAGUUAAAGUUGGUGCUGAUGGGCAAUUGGUAAUAGAUGAACAAAGUUUAGUAAUAGAACAAUCGCAUGAAAAGAAAAGUCGUGAACUGCUUGCUAAAAAAGCUAUUGUCGAAGAUGACAAUUAUGGAUCAGGCUUUUACAAAAGACGUCCAAAAGGAAAGGAAUGGCCAAAAUGGGAAACAUUGAAAUUCUACAAGGCAUUAAAUAUUGUCGGUACAGAUUUUUUAUUGAUGCAAACUUUAUUUCCAAAUAGAACGCGACAAGAGAUUAAAUUGAAAUAUAAGAAGGAAGAAAGAAUUAACAGAAGGUUAAUCGAAAAGGCUUUAGAAUAUCAUCAAGAAUUUAGUCCUGAAAUGGAAGAAAAAUUAGCUAAAUUCGAAGCAUCGAUUCGACAACAAUAUUCUGCAGAACAAGAAGCGGAAGCGAAGAAUAAAGAGAAAAAGAAAUUAAAGAAGAGACCAGGAUCCCGAUUUGCUGCGAGAAGUGUAGGAGAAAAUACAGCAUCGGAUGAGGAUGAUGUAAUGGAACCAGAGAUAAAAGAAAUUCAAUACAAGGAUAUAGAAGCUAAUAAUAAUCAGUUUUUACAAAAGCCAAAAAAACGUUUAAAAUUAAGUGUUAAAAAAACGUCUGAAGUUGCAGCAACAACGUCAGCAGCAAUAACAACAACAACAACAACAACAACGACGACGACGAAAGAGAAUGAUAAAACUACAAGUAUAAUACUCGAUGGAGAAUCGGAUAGUGAUGCUGAAAUUUAUCAAAUUAGACCGACCAGAUCUGGUAGAGUGCCAAAAGUUAGAAAAUUGCAAGGUCCCGACGUAAAUAAUUUAGAUAAUAUUGAUACUGAACAACAAUUGGAUAAUACCGAAGAAACAUUAUCACAAGUACAAAACGAGAAAGAUAUAAUUGAAUCUAAAGAUACUACUUCCACCAACACCAACUUGACCAGUGCCAAUAAUCAAGUAAAUCCUGCUGAUAUAACAUCUACCAUUCCUAAUAUAAGUGAGGUAGAACCAGGUUCUUUAGUUAUUUUAUCUAAUAAAUCUCCGGAGGAAGGAAAAACGGUGUUGCAAGUUUAUAUGGUUAGUUCCAACUGUGAUGUAAUCGAUAAUCAAGUUGAAAAUAACAUACCUUCUACGGAAACAAAUUCGUCGGAAGUCUUGACUAUAACACCUAACGUUUCUUCGGAUAUUGAAUCUAUCCCAAUGGAACAAGACAAAGAAUAGAAAGAAAAAGAAAUUUGUCUUAUUAAUUAUUGCAGAUUUCUUUUAGUUUUUCUUUUAAUCGAAAAGAGUAAAGAAAUUUCAUUUCUAGAAAUCUUGUGUAAAAUGUAUUAGUUCGUUAUAUAUAUAUACAUAUUACACGUUAUUUAAGAAUAGAUUUUUUAAUUGCAUUAAAAAAUAACGGGCCAUUUACAUAUGUGUUUAGUUUCGAUUAUAUUUUUUUUGUGUUUUUGACUGUUUUAUAACAAUUUUUUAUGGUUAAAAUACGAUUUUAUACGAUAAGCAGGUUUAUUAUAUGGUAUUGA